UUUGUCAAAGCUUUAAUUUUUUGAAAAACUUAGCUAAAUCUGGUGAUGAAAUUGCGUGCGUUCCAUUUAGGUCAACAAAACUGCUCCGGGUGUGAACUUCACGCUUUGACGUUUGAAGACAAAGUCAGGAGAAAAGUUACGUUGAUGGAGUAUGUAGCAAAAGCACAGCCUCAAAAACUGAUGGCUUGUCAUGAUCAUCAUCAGAAGAAUUGACACCAGAAAGGUUUAGUGGCUGGUUUGGAGCCAGAAGAAGAGGUGACAGAUGUCGUAUGUGAUGAGUCAGAUCUCAAAGAUGGAGAUAUGAUGGAGGUGGAGGUUGGUGACCACAAUGUUCUGCUGGUACGCUGUGAUGGGGUGUACAGUGCCAUCAGUAACCAGUGCACACACUAUGGUGCUCCACUGAGCAAAGGGGUGCUGUCAGGUCACAGGGUCCGCUGUCCCUGGCAUGGUUCCUGUUUCAAUGUGAAGACCGGUGACUUGGAGGAGUAUCCUGGAAUUGACUGUCUGCCUUGCCACAAGGUGAAAGUCGAAAACAACAAAGUUUAUGUGUCUGUAAAGAAAAGGAUCCAGGGUCAGCCUAAACGUAUCAAAUGGAUGGGAGCCAGAGAUCAAGCGGUGUCACAUACUGUCAUGCUCCUAGGAGGAGGCGCAGCCUCUUUAAUGUGUGCUGAGACACUACGGCAAGAAAACUAUGGCGGCAGGAUUAUUAUGGUAUCUAGAGAUGACCUCCUUCCAUACGACAAAACCAGACUCAGUAAGAUAAUGAAUGCUGAAAGCGACAGCCUCCUAAUGAGAAGAAUGGAAUUUUUCCACAAGUACGAUAUUGAGGUCUGGCUGAAAAAAGAGGCUUUAUCAAUAGAUACAAAUAAGAAAACGGUGGCAUUUGAUGAUGGCUUAAUCCAGGGCUAUGAUCAAAUCCUUAUUGCAACAGGAUGCAGAGCAAAAAAUCUAGACUGCCCUGGUGUGGACCUGGAAAACGUGCUAAUGCUGGAAACACCAGAGGAUGCCCGGUGCAUCCACUAUGCCUGCAUGGGCUGCAGGACAGUCGUUGUGGGCACUUCCUUCGUUGGCAUGGAAGUGGCUGCCUAUAUGAUAGAUAUGGCCAGUAGUAUCACGAUCAUUGGAAGCAGUGAACUCCCCUAUCAGAAGACUCUAGGCCCAGAGAUUGGAAAGGUCACCAUGAUGAUGCUGGAAGAGAGAGGGGUGACGUUCUACAUGAAUGACGCUGUUGCAGAGGUUCAAGGCGAAAAUAGGAGGGUUAAGGCUGUGAAAUUGAGGAGCGGUAUCACUAUUCAAGCCGAUUUGUUGAUAGUUGGAAUUGGUGUCAAUCCCAAUUCAGAGUUUUUAAAAGGGAGUCCAGUAAGGAUGGAUUCUAAGAACUAUGUAAUUGUGGAUAAGUACAUGAGGACCAACAUAACAGACGUCUACUGUGCAGGAGAUCUGACCUCCUUUCCUCUCAAAAUGGCAAAAGGCCAGAAUGUGAGCAUUGGUCACUGGCAGGUAGCGCAGGCACAUGGAAGGAUUGCAGCCUUAAGCAUGUUGCACAGAGAGGUGGAGCUAAACAUAGUGCCAUUCUAUUGGACCGUCCUGCUGGGCAGAACUAUUCGAUAUGCUGGGUGUGGGGAGGGAUACACUAAGAUGGUGCUGAAAGGGAAAUUUGAGAACAUGAAGUUUUUGGCACUUUACCUCAAGGAUGAGGAGGUGGUGGCUGCAGCAGGAUUGAAUGUUGAACCGGCUGUCUCUGUGGUGGCAGAAAGGUUGGCACAAGGAAGAGUGAUUACACAGGCAGAAGCAGAGUCAGAUGACCUUAGCUGGCUGAAGCUGCAGCCCAUGUGACCACUGACAACAGUUUGAACUCCAAAUGAUCAGAAUUCAGCCAUUCUGCCCACAGUCUAUCCCAUCCAAUCAUGCCUUUACUCAGAAGAUGUUUUUUGUAACAUUUAUAAAGGCCAGUGCAUUACAGUCUGUCUCUUCAACAGCGUUGUACACAGUUCAGAGUUUGCCAUUUUAACACUGAUAUUCAGAGAGGACAACUACUACCCACAUACGACUAUGAAAAGUGAGAAGCUUUUAUUCUGUUUAUGCUGUAGCUCUCUCAGCUUCCAAAUUAAAUUAGCAAUUUUCAGAUCCACUUUUCUAAAUGUGAACACAAUUCUAUAUUGAUUUUAAUUAGUAUUAUUCAUUUAGAUAACAUAUUUAGGAAUUGAUGGAUCUAGGUGGCGUAGUUGGUCAUCAAGCUGUGAAAUGGAGCAUGGGCAGUGGAAAAAUAGACAAUCACUGAGCGCACAUCCAAUCAUAGUGCUUAGGAGGAUUAGAUGAACACUGAACAAGGGAUGCUGAAUGUGACGGUGGUCACAAAAGGGAGAGCAUAUAUAAUAGAGCUGGACAAACAUGUUACAAAAGGGCAUUUUACAAAAGAAAUGCUGAGCUGCUCUCUUAUAUCGCCUCUUAUUCUCUCUCUUCUACCACGCAACCCAGUUUUCCAUCCCAAAUCCUCAUAACUCACGACUGUUCUUAUCAGCAAGAAUUUGUGCAGAGAUAUAUGGGUCAUAUACGACAGUCCAAAUCCGGAGGUGAAAUGUGGGCCAUGAAAUACAGCUUAGGCCUUAAGAAGCUGUAUAAGCAGAGAACCAAAAAGAUCCUUUUAUCAAGUAAAAGUCUAUCUAACAUUAUCUAACAUAAUCACUUUGUUAGGUGGACUGCCUGUAGUUUUUAUUUUGAAAAGAAAAACAACACAUUUUAUUGCUAUAAAUAAGAGGGAGCAAUGAUCCAAAAAAGGCACGCUAUUUAGAAACUAGAAGAGGUGAGAAAAAGUUUUGCUGUACUGACAUUUUGACAUUCUGUACAGACUGAUACUGCUAACAAGAACAAUAUUAUUUUUAGUGUGAUCCAUGCUGGUCCAGUUUUUUUCUAUCAGGAAGCAUGUUGUGGUACUAAUGCAUUAUUAAUGACAUGCAAAUAGUUAUCCACUACAGCAAGUGAAAUCAGGUUGGCAACCUAACAGUUUCAGUUUAUAUUGUUAUACAUUACUGUUUAUUAUACAUCAUAGUAAGGAAUGUACACACGAGUCUCCAUUAUAACAGGCAAAGACAGUCACACACAAGGCUGUUUUUAUCAGAACAUACAAUGUGCUGCAAA